UUGAGAUGGUCUCAGCUCUUAUUGUGAUCCUGUUUAUGGUGGGCGUGGCUUGGGCCCUACCCACUAUUACACCCACCAACAUCGCACCAACUUUAAAUAUUGAAACGGUAACAGAGAUGAAUAGCCCAGUUGAAAUUGCAGCUCCACCAGUCUUAUCAGAAGACGAGAGUCAAUGCCAGUCAGCUUGGAAAAAGUUCUUGAUCGACUUUGAUGUAUUCUACGAGAGCGUCUCCGAAGUAGAAAAACGUCGCAAUAUUUUCUGCGAGAACUGGAAAAAGAUUCAGAAUCACAACGUGCAGUUUGAAUUGGGAGUCGAGUCCUUCAAGAAGGGUAUAAAUCAAUUUAGUGAUCUUACCUUUGAAGAGUGGAAGGAGAAACAAAAACCUAUUGUUGAACCAGAGUUCACUAAUGUUGAAGACACUACUGAUAAGUCUAAAGUUGAUAGCAUUAAAUGCGAUGUUGCCUGGAAGAUCUUCCUGAUUGACUUAGAAGCUAAAAAUAAAGAUGAUGCCGAAACCGAGAAACUUCGCACUAUCUUCUGCGAAAAUUGGAGAAAGAUUCAGGAUCACAAUUUGCAAUACGAGUUGGGAGUCGAGUCCUUGAAGAAGGGUAUAAAUCAAUUUAGUGAUCUUACCUUUGAAGAGUGGAAGGAGAAACAAAAACCUGUUGUUGAACCAGAGUUCACCAAUGUUGAAGACACUACUGAUAAGUCUAAAGUUGAUAGCAAUGAUUGCAAUGUUGAAUGGAAGAUGUUCCUGAUUAACUUUGAAGCUAAAUAUAAAGAUGAUGCCGAAACCGAUAAACGUCGCAUUAUCUUCUGCGAAAAUUUGAGAAAGAUUCAGGAUCACAAUUUGCAAUACGAGUUGGGAGUCGAGUCCUUCAAGAAGGGUAUAAAUCAGUUCAGUGAUCUUACGUUUGAAGAGUGGAAGGCGAAACAAAGACCUAUUCUCAAUCCAGAAUUUUCGAAGGAAACAACAUCCACAGAAGCACUCGAAUAUGAACAAGAUGUCAACUUAAAAGGGAGGCAAACGACCCAACGAACAGGCCUCGAAGCAGAAUUAUCGAAGGGGGAACAAACCACUGAAGUUCCAAGGGAACCUUUAGUAAUUCCAUAAACAUUUCAGUAUUUUGUUAGCCUCCCUUUUAAAGGACAUAUCUAAGAAUAAACGUGUAUACGGGAACAAACCCAAAGAAAA